AUGAAGUUCACCACCCUCGUCACCCUCGCUCUCGGUGCCGUCUCUGCUCUGGCUGCCCCAGCUGCUGAGCUCGAGUCCCGCCAGCUCUUCUGCAGGGACGUCUACGUCUUCUUUGCUCGUGGAACCGGAGAGAUUGGUACCUUGGGCACUGUAGUUGGCCCUAGCUUCAGCGCCGCCGUCAGCCUCGCUGUCCGUGGCUCCGUCGAUUUCGAGGGCAUCGACUACCCCGCUCUCGUCACUGGCUACCUUGCUGGUGGUGACCGCGGUGGUGCUCGCACCAUGGCAGACAAAGUUGCCAGCACCGCGUCUCGCUGCCCCAACGCGAAGAUCUUCAUCUCUGGCUACUCCCAAGGUGCUCAAGUCACCCACCUUGCUGCUCGUCAGCUCUCCGCUGCCAACCAGGCCCGUGUCACUGGUGUCGUCACCUUCGGUGACCCCUACAGGGAUGAUGCCCUCCCCGGAGGCCUCGAUAGCCGCAGGAAGACUUACUGCAACUUCGGUGACCUCAUCUGCGAUGGCCUUCCUACCAUCCUUGCUCCCCACUUGACCUACGGUUCGGAUGCUUCCGACGCUGCUCGCUGGGUCGCCGCUCGUGUCUAA